AGAGGAUUUGAGGAGAGUCCGAGGAAACCUCCUUCUCUCUCUUUGCUCAAGCAGAGACUACUGGCUUACGUGCCGCCUCUCUUCUCUGAAUCAAUUUCUGGUAGGUUUCCUUUUUUACGUAUUCAAUUCCUCCUUGCCCAUCUCCCAUUUCCAAUUCUUCCUCCCUAGAUUUCCAUUCCACAAACUAUUGGGAAACUGGGCAUUGAGGAAUUGAAUUCACCGGAUACAUGUUUGUAUCGAUUUGAGGGGUUUCAAGUUGUUUGGUCUCUGGUUGGCGAUCCGAACGAUUCCAACGUUUGAUUUUUGUUAAUGGGUUUGUGAUUGAUCCACCGGAGCAUUGUUGGGAUCGAGUUAAUUGUUGGUGGGCUUGCUUGGUUUGGCUGUAUAUCUUUGGAUGUAUCUAGUUAUCACCCAAGAGCAGGAUCGGCUUGUGAGCGUAGCCGACUCGUUUCUGGGUGUUCUCAGGCCAUUUGACCUGAAACUUCAACAGAAUCCAUUCAUUUUUUGUUCUUCCAGAGAUAGAUGGGAUAAGGAGUUCUUCAAACUUCAGGGAGGAUAAUAAAUUUUAAGAAUUUGUCGAUUUUUGGCUAUAAUAUUGUGACGAGUUUGAGUCUUUGAGAUGGGUUCUUCUGCGCAAAGAUCAUCAACCUUGACCACAAAUGUGGCAGAAUUAGUUGAUGUUUCAGCUAAGCGGCCCGAGGUCUCGUACAUUGAUACCAUGCCUAUUUAUGUUAGGGAGCUUAUUGCUGGAGGGGCAGCUGGGGCAUUUGCUAAGACUGCUAUUGCGCCGCUGGAACGGACCAAGAUACUCUUGCAGACAAGAACAGAGUUUCGUUCCCUGGGGGUAGGUCAAUCUUUGAACAAGGUACUAAAGCAUGAAGGCUUUCUAGGAUUCUACAAAGGAAAUGGAGCUAGUGUUGUUCGAAUUGUUCCAUAUGCAGCCUUACAUUACAUGGCAUACGAGCGGUAUAGGUGUUGGAUCUUGAAUAACUAUUCUGCUUUGGGAUCAGGGCCUCAUAUUGAUCUUUUAGCCGGUUCAGCAGCUGGAGGAACAGCAGUCAUAUGCACUUACCCCUUGGACUUGGCUCGCACAAAACUUGCUUAUCAGGUUGUUAACACCAGAGGAAAAUUCACUUAUGGUAUGAAAGGUGUUCAUAGUCAAAUCUCUUAUAAGGGCAUUGGUGAUGUGCUCUCUAGUGUCUACAAGGAAGGAGGUCUGCGGGGGCUUUAUCGCGGCGUAGGCCCCACACUGACCGGAAUCCUUCCUUAUGCUGGUUUAAAGUUCUACAUAUAUGAGAAACUUAAAAGCCAUGUUCCUGAGGAGUAUGAAAAGUCUAUUGGGAUGCGCCUUUCCUGCGGAGCUUUGGCUGGCUUAGUGGGGCAAACCUUCACAUACCCAUUGGAUGUUGUUAGGAGGCAAAUGCAGGUUGAGAAUCUGCAGCCUUCAGGUGGUGUUAGGUACAAAAACACAAUGGACGGACUUAAAUUUAUUAUCCGCAAUCAAGGAUGGCAAAAGUUGUUUGCAGGCCUGAGCAUUAACUAUAUCAAGAUUGUUCCUUCUGUUGCAAUUGGUUUCACAGCAUAUGACGCGAUGAAAGUUUGGCUCCACGUUACACCCCAACAGAAGUCCCAACGAAUAACUGCUGCGUAAUCGGAGAGACUCAGAAUCUGUAACAUAGAAACUUCAAAUAGAUGGCAUCAAGCCAUCAAUUGAGCUAAUACAAAUGUUCUGUCUCUGAAUUACAAGAGAUUAUUGAUUUUACACCAUUGUUAUUCCAAUUAAGUUUCUAUCUACGAUUCACUUGGAGUGAUUUCACUAUCAA